AUGUCGACCAUGGAGUGCUUGAAGGAAGAAUUCGUUGAAGGCCAACUUCUGGAUGGUCGUUUUCGAACUGUGGCCCCCCUCAACAAUGGGUCUUUUGGAAUGGUAUUCCUGGCCACAGAUACCGAGACGGGCCAAGAUGUUGCCAUCAAAUGUCUGAUUAAGGCCCCAACGAAUUCUCAUGACGAUCGCUUCGAAGAACUCGAGUGUCACCGACGGUUUGGUUUCCAUCCCAACCUGGUCAACUUGAUUCAUACAUUCGACACCAAGACUCAUAAAUACCUUGUUUUGGAGUAUUGUGCCAAUGGAGAUCUAUACGAGGCCAUCCGCCUUAACCGUGGUCCACUGGAGACCGAGCACGUUCGGGACUUCAUGCUACAGCUGAUUAGUGCCGUCGACUUCAUGCAUGCCAAUGGCUUGUAUCACCGUGACAUCAAGCCGGAGAAUAUCUUCCUGACACAGGAUGGUUCCAUGAAGCUAGGCGACUUUGGUCUCGCUACGCAAGACUCGUGGUGUCACGAGGCGUGUGUUGGUAGCGACCGCUACAUGGCUCCCGAGCAAUAUGAUCCGACCAUGACGGGAUACUCCCCCGCUAAGGCUGACAUUUGGUCUGUGGGUAUCUGCCUGUUGAACAUUCUGUUUGCUCGUAAUCCCUUCGUCACCCCCACUGAGUCCGAUGUACUCUUUGCGGAUUAUGUGCGCGAUCGCCAGUCGCUCUUCGACAUCUUCCCCAACAUGUCUCAGGACACUUACGAGAUCCUGACCCAUGCCUUGACCAUUGAUCCCUCUAAGAGGUCUUUGUUGGACGUGCGUGAUUGCAUCCUCCGCGCUGUCUCUUUCACUACCGACGACGAAUCUCUCGAUGAGUUUUGCACCGAAGACCGCGAGGUGGUUCCUGCUAGCGCCAACCGUGAACCCCUUCGCACACCGUCUCUCCAGAGUCCCCAUGUUAACCAGGGAGAUUCUUUCCCAUGGGCAAAGGCGCUCCAGUCGAGCCCUCCCCAGGCUAUCCGACAACUAUCUGCCAUUCCGGACAACGAGAGCUACACCGAGGAUCUGUUCCCGGCUUCCGAAGCUGCGGGAACCUCGUGGUUCUCGUCCCGCAUGGAAACUCCAUCAGUCGCCUCGGUUUUGGACUCUCAGCUCAGUGAAUCCUUCGUCUUGCUCAACCUUCGCAAGCGUGAGGUGCCGUCUCUUCCUCGCUCUGAUCCGGUUUCCAUAACCGGAUCACUGCCGUCUCAUGCAACAAAGCCCCUUCCUUCUUUGUCAAUGGUCUUUGGCAACAAAGGUGCUGACAAGAUCUCAAAGAGCUGGUGCGACAUGUGGGACGAAGAGGAGUCUGAGAAUGAGGAUCUUGCCGUGGCCCAACGGCGGGAGCAGAACUCUCGCAGCUGGAGCCAAGAGAGCCCAGAUGUGGAUCUGAAGAUGGAACCCAAUGUACUUGGGGAUCUUUCCCUGGACGAAGACAGCGAUUCCAGUGCGUCGAGUAGCACGCCUCGCCCCUUGCAGAACCCCCCAGAUGCGCCGUCUAGUGCUGAUAAGUGGUCGAUGCUUGGUGACGUGCGACGCAAGUACAAACCCGAGGAUGAACCGCGCAAGUACAAGCCUCGAAAGUCGCGUGAGGUGUUUGGUCCCAAGGCUGUUGCUGCCAACGCUCGGCGACACGAUUGGGGUCGAGGUACUUCCGGAUACCACCAGACCAAAUCCAAGCCCCCAUCGCCUGUGGACGCUCGCCGCCGUCAUUUGCUCGAACGGCAGGAUUGGCGCAGCAAUGUCUCCCAAACCUUCCUACCUCAUGUAGAUGGAAGCGUUGACGAUGAUCUCGAUUUCGUCGGUGGGUGGCAUGACACUCACUUCUAG